UCCUGGUAUGCAUACAAUUAUCCAUAGAACUAGUUAGCUUCAAAGUUCUAAAUGGAAUGUAUAUUGUUGUGGUUGCUUGUAUCUGCCCAUGUUAGAUUCUUUCUAGCAAUAAUUUUGAGAGACUAUGGAUUGUGGGCUGAAUGGAGGAUGAAGCCUUUUCAAAUUCGCCUCCCAGGACCUCCCAGACAUGCUGUCUACCCUAAGCACCAGGCUGGACACAUUGGGAAACAGGCUGGCCACCUGGGCUCCCAGGCCUUCUACCCAGGACAUCAGCAUAGCUACCUAGUCCCACCUGCUGGCGCAGCUGGCAUUCCUGUUCAAAAUCAGCCAGGUAGACCUGCAGGGGCCCUAUGGAUGCCAGCACCACCACCACCAUUAAACUGUCCACCAGGAUUGGAAUACUUAAGUCAGAUAGAUAUGAUACUAAUUCAUCAGCAAAUUGAACUUCUGGAAGUCCUAUUCAGUUUUGAAAGUAGUAACGUGUAUGAAAUCAAGAACAGCUUUGGGCAGAGGAUUUAUUUUGCAGCAGAAGAUACCAAUUUCUGCACCCGAAAUUGCUGUGGGCGGUCUAGACCUUUUACCUUGAGGAUUACUGAUAAUGUGGGUCAAGAAGUCAUAACUCUGGAAAGACCACUAAGAUGUAACUGUUGUUGUUGCCCCUGCUGCCUUCAGGAGAUAGAAAUCCAAGCUCCUCCUGGUGUACCAGUAGGUUAUGUUACUCAGACCUGGCACCCAUUUCUAACAAAGUUUACAAUUAAAAAUCAGAAAGGAGAGGAUGUACUAAAAAUUAGUGGUCCAUGUAUUGUGUGCAGCUGUUUUGCAGGUGUUGAUUUUGAGAUUACAUCUCUUGAUGAACAAAUAGUGGUUGGCAGGAUUUCUAAGCACUGGUCUGGGCUUUUAAGAGAGGCAUUUACAGAUGCUGACAACUUUGGAAUCCAAUUCCCUAGAGACCUUGAUGUUAAAAUGAAAGCCGUGAUGAUUGGUGCCUGUUUCCUCAUUGACUACAUGUUUUUUGAAAGAACUAGGUAAUGACUGGAAUGUCAGAGUGUGGGAGUGGAUUAAUG